ACUUUUUAAAAUCCACAUAACGAUAGCAGCUGCAGGAAAGGAAGGAGCUAUUUUGGGUAGUUUCUUAUUCAUUUGAUUCUGUUAAAAAUGUUCUGAAAAAGCUGUGUUUGCAUCAUAACAGGCCCCAAAGAUCUCCCUCUCACAAACUCUUGUUUUUUUACAUUAUUUCUGCUUUUCAAUCCGCAUUAGAACUAUUCGUUUUUGUUGAAGUCUUUCUUCGGCUUGGCUAGGAACACAGUGUAUUUCUCUCUCUGUAAAGCUGCUUGCCUUUUUUUCUUUCUCUUUGUUUUUUGUUUUGUUUUACGGCCUGAUUCUGUGCAGCGUAGCUCGUUUUACGAUCCUAGGUGCUGAAUUGUAUGCUGUUCAUAGUCCGUUCUCUUUAAUUUCAAAGCUUGGGAACUGCUUAAGAGCCUUUCUUUCACACAGCUCUGCAGGGCUGUAAGUAGGGCAAAGCGAGACAAAUACACUUUUCCCCUCUCUUCUGUGAACCGCAUUCACGAGCCUGUCACUACCACAGCAGAAGCAGUAAAGGUCACAGACUUUGUCUGGAGCAUAACCCGUGCAAUAUGCAGCAGCAGCAGCAGCAGCAGCAACGGCAGACGGCUCUCCUGCGCAGAAAAAUAAUGGGAAAGGAAUGAGGAGGAAAACAAAGGCAAAACGAGUUCUCGACCCUGGAAAUGAAGAAGAAAAACAACAAGACGAGGAAGAAGGAGGAGAAGAAGAAGGAACAGAGGGCUUGACUGUUUUACAGCACGGGCUGCAGCUGAAGAGAAGGAAAAAAAUGCAGGCUGCCAGGGGGAAAGCAGACAGAAAUUCACCAUCAGCCGUCGGCCUCCACAAGCCCAGAAUGGGGGCAUUCGAUUUAGAAAUAAACAAUAUGGAUAAUGUAUCUGAUUGCAACUCCACAAGAGAGGAAUCUGAUUACCUGCUCUCAAGGUCUAAAUCCGAACUAAUCGCAAUGGUUCUGUGCAUGCAAAGGGAAAUGGAGGGUUUGAGAGAACAAAUACGGUGCCUCACAGCUUGUGGGAAGCUAGCCCGAAACAUCGAGGCUCUGAUCGAGAAAACUCAAACCUGGGCGAGCGGCGACGACAGCAUGCCUGCUGCUCUCGACAUGCAGGGUGUUCAAACGGGCGGUCAGCAGGCACUCACUCCGGCCGCGACUCCAGCCGCUGCAGUGGUCCAGCAGGCCUCUCCGAGAGAAGGGAUUCUGACAGAGCCAGAGUCGCAGAGGAAAAGGCUGUACGUUCUCCCUGAGUAUAUAACGCAGGACCUUCUAGACAACUGCAACACCACUGCGACAGCUCAGAAACUGACCAAUGACCUCCUGCGAGGGCUGUACGAGAGGGAGUGCCUGGCGUCUCACUCCAUCUCCGGAAUCGUUUACAACAAAAAGGGAAGCCCCAAGCCAGCCCUCCCGGCAGACGAGGUCCAGACCGUAUUAAGUGAGCCCAUAUCACUUCUAAUGAGCAGCAAGCUUGGAACAGUGCAGCAUUUUUUCCCCGGAAAGACUGACGCCGAGAUUAAAGGCUACAUCAGGCAGAAACUGCAAAACGAAGCCAAGAGGCUGAGAAGAAAACCACAGCCUCCUGAAAUCAAGGACAGCUGAGCACCUCUGUCAAGGAAGAAUUCUCCAGAGACCUGUGUCUUGAUAUCAGCCCGGCAUACCGCAGGGUAGACUUGCUGUAUUAAAGAGAACAAGCAAAGGGAAUAUCUAGGAUAUAUAUAUAAAUAUAUAUAUGGGCACAUUUUGUGUAUUUCUCAAAAGGUUGACGGCAGGAUUACAUUUUCCCUCUUGACAUUUAACUUCAAGUUACAAAAUGUAAAAUAAAAUGACACGUGUAAUAAAUGAUGCCACAAAAGCAGAGAUUGAUCGAGAGCAGAGACGGCAACUGACCCAGCUCACACGCUACCAAGACACCAUCGCUGCAUCCUUCCAGGUUCGGCUAGCGCACAGCUUUCAUGAUCACUGACAUAUAAAUACAGAGCCAUUAGCAUCCAGUUUCUACCCCAGAUUUCACGGGGGUAUUUGGGAGUAUUCAUCCCGUCACCCCACUACUGAACAAUUUAAGGUAUAAGGAAUUAUUAUUUUUUUUUUUUAAUAAACACAGGAAAAUGCAUCAAUAAGUAAAGAUUGUUUUAAUAAAAAAAAAUAAUAAAACUUA